AUGAAACACGGAGGUUCGUCUCCCAAGGGGGAGAAACCACCCCCCAAUCUCGCAGGAAGAAACCCGCCAACCAAGCCCGCAGACCUAGAAAGCAAAGACGCAAACGGGGCGUGCCCCGACGGCGGACUCGAGGCAUGGACAACCAUCCUCGGCUGCUGGUGCGGCCUGCUCGCCCCCAUGGGCUGGCUCAACGCCCUCGCCGUCCUGCAGGCGCGCGUCUCGCAGCACGAGCUCUCCGGCUGGCCCGAGUCGACGACGGGCUGGAUCUUCAGCACGUAUGCGUUCUUGAUGUUCUCAUGCGGCGUGCAGGUCGGACCCGUGUUCGACGCGUAUAAUGUCAAGCUGCUCAUCGUGCCGGGGAGCGUGGGCAUGGUUGUCAUGGCCAUGAUCCUCAGCAUCUGCAAGGAAUUCCACCAGUUCUUCCUGACAUUCUCCGUCCUCGGCGGGCUCUCGGCCUCGCUCCUCUUCAACCCCUGCAUCGCAACGACAGGCCAGUGGUUCAGCAAGCGCCGCGCGCUGGCGACGGGCAUCGUCUGCACGGCCGGCGGCGCAGGCGGCAUCGUCUUCCCGCUCGUCAUCCUGUACGCCGAGCCGCGCGUCGGCUUCGGCUGGUCCGUCCGCAUCAUCGGCCUCAUCUGCGCCGCCUCCUCCCUCGUCGCCUGCCGCCUCGUCAAGAAGCGCCUGCCGCACAACAAGACGGCCGGCGCCCAGAUGGACUUUGGCGCGCUGCUCGACCUCAGGUACGCCCUGGCCACGCUGGCCAUCUUCCUCGCCGAGCUGGCCGUCUUCAUCCCGUACACGUACAUCUCUUCGUACGCGCUGCACGUCGGGUUCGAGGCGCACACGGCGCUCUUGAUGAACUCGCUGCUCAACGUGGGGGCGAUUCCGGGCAGGGCCCUGCCAGGCUUCGUGGCCGAUCGCUUUGGGGCCUUCAACAGCUUCUCGGUGACGGCGGCCGCCUGCGCAACCAUUAUAUUUUCAUUGUGGUACGCCGCCGCGGGUGGUCGGAUGGCUGUGAUUUCGUUCACGGUCCUGUUUGGGUUCUGGUCCGGUGCCACGAUUGCACUUACACCCGUGUGCGUGAGCAGGGUGUGCCGGAUUGAGGAUUAUGGAAAGCGGAGCGGGACGACGUAUCUGGUUGCCAGUGUCGGCGUCCUGGUCGGCGCCCCCGUCGCUGGUGGUAUAAUCAAGGCGAGUGGCGGUUCGUAUUGCGGCAUCAUGGUCUUUUCGGGAGCGAUAUACGCCGCUUCUGCGGCCACGUUGUAUUGGGCGAGAGGGGUUGCUGCUGGUUGGGGGCCAAAGGUGAUUUUCUAG